CUUCACUCGAGCCAAAGCAGGACUUCAGUGAGCACUGCCCUGCAGCCGGAGCAAUGGAGCUCAGGUGGAUCAUUCUGCUGUUUGGUCUGGGAUUGGCAGCAGCCAAACUAACCGGAGAAACAGAAACUGAUGUUGAUGAAGGCCAUGACUGGGACAUCUUUACCAUCAAUGAAGCGGCUGGGCUGGACCUGCUGGAAGGAGAUAUUGAUCAGAGCGAAAUACUCGGCAGGAACUCCAUCAUAGGAGAGGAGUAUCGCUGGCCAACAACCAUCCCCUACUACUUAGAGGACAGCCUGGAAAUGAAUGCAAAGGGAGUGAUCCUGAAGGCGUUUGAUCAGUACAGACUGAAGACCUGCAUUGAUUUCGCACCGUGGAGAGGAGAGGAGAACUACAUCUCUGUGUUCAAAGGCAGCGGAUGCUUCUCAUCUGUGGGGAACCGGCGCGUGGGGAAGCAGCAGCUGUCCAUUGGUAGUAACUGUGAUCGCCUGGGAACCGUUGAGCACGAGUUCCUACACGCUCUGGGAUUCUGGCACGAGCAGUCCAGAGCUGACCGGGACGACUACGUUGACAUCAUUUGGGAGCGCAUUGAGUCCGGGAAAGAGCACAACUUCAACACAUACGAUGACACGGUGUCCAGCGCCCUGGGGGUUCCCUACGACUACGGUUCUGUGAUGCACUACAGCAAGACGGCCUUCAGCACCGGCUCGGAGCCAACCAUCGUCACAAAGAUCCCCCACUUCAUGGAUGUGAUUGGCCAGAGGAUGGGCUUCAGCGCGAGUGACCUCACCAAGCUCAACCGCCUCUACAACUGCACCCAGUCCUCCACCUUCGUGGACAGCUGUAACUUUGAGGAGGAGAACAUCUGCGGCAUGAUUCAGGCCUCCGGCAAUGCAAAGUGGGAGCAGCGUGCUUUGGUGACUGCAGGCCCUCAGACUGACUUCACCAACUUGGGACAGUGCAAAGGGAAAGGCUACUUCAUGCACUUCAGCACGGCCUCUGCUCAGCCGGGAGAGCGAGCUCUUCUGGAGAGCCGCUGGCUUUUUCCCAAAGCGGGAGCCCAGUGUCUGCAGUUCUUCCUCUAUAACUCCGGGGCAGAGGACGACGUCCUCAAUAUCUGGGUGCGAGAGUACGACAAAGCCAACCCCAGCGGGAAAAUGAAGCUCUUCCACAGCAUUUCAGGAGGGGUCAUGGGCUCCUGGGAGCUGCAUUAUGUCAACCUGAACGUGACCCAGAAGGCCCGUGUAGUUUUUGAGGGCGUGAGAGGUCAGAGUCCAUCGAAGGGAGGUUUCUCCUUGGAUGACAUCAACCUGUCAUCCACAAAGUGCCCUCAACACAUCUGGCACAUCCGCAACAUCACCCACCUGCUGGCCACCACACCGGCCGGACGUAAAGUGUACAGCCCUCGCUUCCUGUCACCAACAGGUUACUCCUUCCAGAUAGGUGUGUACCUCAACGGACGAAGCGACAGGCCGGGCUACAUGGCCACCUACUUCUACCUAACCUCAGGCCCCAAUGACCACAACCUCAAGUGGCCAUGUCCGUGGCACCAAGCAACCAUGGCCCUGAUGGAUCAGCAGUCCGACAUCAGGCAGCACAUGAACAUGUACCGAAUGGUCACAACCGACCCUGAGAAGAUGUCCUCUGACGGUACGGAGUACUACUGGGAUAAUCCCAGGAAUGUGGGCUCUAAAAUAACGGAGUCUGACGGCAGUUAUUACUAUCGGGGCCCAGGCUCCGGAACCAGUACCUUCAUCACCCAGAGCAGGCUGAAGAGCAGAAACUUCAUCAAAGGAGAUGAUGCCUUCUUCCUCCUCAGUCUGGAAGAUAUAUCUGACUUGCUGAAGUCGCAGCCUUUGCCCGGCUCUGUCGUCCACGCUGAGGAGAAACCGAUGAAGGCGGCAGAUCAACCGACUCCACAGGGAACUGCUAAUAACACCACCGCAGUCUUAGCUAUAGCAGCGUCGGUGGCAGGAGUCAUGUUGGUGGUUUCCAUGAUGAUUGUGGGAAAAGCCUGGAAGAUGAGUAAGAUGAGGAGACAGCAGGAGAGCGGGGAGGGGGUGAUCAUACAUGACAUACCUGGAUUCAUGGCAGAGCACCAAACUAAAGAUUUACCGUCUCCUUUCUCAACGCCAUGAAGGUCGGUCAAAGGAAACGUGACAGUGAGCAGAACUGAAACCACACUAUCAGUGAUUUCUGCAGCGUGGCACCAAACAACCUGAUUUGUACUAAA